AUGCACGUCCUCCGAAAAGGCCAAUACUGGCGUUCUGAUAUUGCACUUGCUAUCAAGCCUCCCCUUGUUUCCUUGUGGGAUCGACUCCUUGUAGCCAACCACCAAGCCGACCGGCUCCACGCCUUGACCGAGGAGGCCAGCCAGGCUCUCGCUCUCCCAGAGCGUGACGCCCUUGGUACGAGGCUCUUGAGACACACGGUGGUGGAGGAAGGCCGAAAUCAAACGAGGGGGUGGCGUGCUGGCCUGCUUGCGUCGCGAUACGCCGCCACGGCUUCUCUCACUGGCAUGGCCAUGCACACGAAGCACAUCCCAGACACCGUCACCCCCGGCCGUCUGUUCCCGGAUGAGGUCGAUUGGACAAGAGCCAUGCCUCGGGUCUUCGACUGCAGGCUUGCUGGCUGGGAGAUGUGGCCAUCACAGCUGAUGGAGGUCUCUCUGGCGCUUCACACGAAACGACGGACCAAGUGA